AUGCGGCGCAGCUGCGCUUAUCUCACAUUGCUCCCUUUUCUGACUCUUGGGGGCACUUUGAUUUGGUGUGGAUCUCCGCCGGUUUACAACGAGGCGACGCAGGCGGCCCCCGUCACCGAGCUGGCACAGAAGGUGCCGCCGACAACGAGCCCAGGCUCGUCAGCGCUUGAGGUGGUCGGCAGCCUGCGAAAGGCAGAGGGAAAGGCCAUGGUGGUGUCUCUACAAGCAAUCACCUCCAGGUCGACGCAGGAUCUCUGGGGCAAUCCCACCUCCAUUCCAGGGGACCUUACAGUCGAGCAGCAAGCGCAAAAGCGUGCUGCUGCCGUCAGCAAACUCUCCAAGCACAUCAAUGGAGAUAUCAAAGCCAAGGACGAGCUCAAAACGUCGCUUCAACACUGGCUGGGUGCUAUCGGACAACACUUGGCUGGACUGGUUCAGCGCGUGCGAGCGCUGGGCGACAAAGUCGACGGCGAUUUAGCCGAGGCGUGCAGGGAAAUGCAAUUGGCCCUUCAGGAGCAGCCGUCGAGCACGACGGCCGAACAGGUCGCUGCCGCGCAUGCAUCUAUAGGCUCGCCAGUCUGGGCUGCGGCGCAGGAGCAGGAAAUACUGAGGAUCGCGGCGUUGCUCCGUGCAGUCAGUGUGGUGGAAGGCCCUACCGGGGCUGGCGGUAUAGGGGACGCACUAUCCGAGGUGAGUUUUGGUCUUGCCUGUGGAGGUCGCUAUGCCUACUAUGUCAGUGCCCUUUCAGCCGACAUUGAGCUCUGCGCCAUCAGGAGAGACACGGGCAACGGGGUGCCUUGGACUCGAGAGGCGACUGGCAGAACUCCGGAGACCAGUCAUCGGCCGUCCUCUACGGUGGUGGACGACCCAGAGCUACUGCCGGCAGCGAGAGCUUCCGGGGAUUCCCCGGAUUGGUCUUCAGCAUGGUUGCGAUUGGUACGAUAUAUUGUGGACCACGGAGACGCGGUCAUUGGCGAAUUGAGUCACAGCGCAGAGCAGGAUGCAGUUCUCCCCAUUUUGUCCGAUCCGGAAAUGGCCGCCGGCCUCGCACAACAGCUGGAAGAGACAUGGGUGCUCUUGGUGGAUGUCACCCGCUCAGGGGAUGUGCAGCGCAUGCCUCGACUCUACGCGGCUCUCAGCGACUCCCUCCAGAGGCUGCGUAUUUGCCCGGAAGUGUUACCGAUGGCGCGGCAAGGACUGGUAGCGGCCGCUCAGCUCACCCUCGGCAACCUUCUGGACCCGUUCGGCUAUGCACCUUCCACAGCCCAGGAAUGGUUAUUUCCCGCGCUGCUUGUGGAACAUGGAGGACCUUAUGUAGGUCACUUGCCGGUGGAGGCUGUGGCACACCAGGUGUGGCAACACGGUGCGGUUAAUGGCCAGCCCGUCUUUAACUCGGGCGGGGCUGCGGACGUCACCGAUAUCCAUGAUGUCAUGCCGGUCGAGGCGUUGCCUGGGCUCCCACAGGAGCAAUAUGUUGUAUCGCCGAGCAGCUUGCCGUGGAACAUGAUGUGGAUACCUGUUGACUUGAGGCCUGAGGGGUUUCUAUGCCGUACAGGUGCGGGUUGGUUUGUUCCCUCCGCCUACAUCAUGCUCCUACCGCGGGGCGAUGCCUUCCAGGUUUGGCCUGUUCAUCAGAUCCAAGCUACCAUCCACAGUCAGCCCGAUUCCCUGCCAGUGUCACUCACGCUUGAGGAUAGAUUCACGGUUAGUGUAGGUACUUCGGGUGUUGGUGAGGUGGCCUACCAUGAUUUGAGCGGUGACAAUGCAGUUGUCAUUGCUGACACAGGUCUCUGCUAUGUCCGCGUGCCAUCAUAUGCUGAUCAUCUCAGCAUUCGUACUGCAGCGCUUGGACAGUUCGAGAGCUCGCCUCGGCCUGGCACAUCGAUCACGCAUUUCGCCCG